CUCUCUAGUCCACUUAAGUGGGACCCCGACUCCAAUAGCACCGCCGCCGCCAUGGCCACCGCGAAGCACCUCUCCGUCCUCCGUCGUGCCCUCCCUACCGGCCGCCUCCUCUCAACCGCCGCCGCCGCCACCGCGGCUCCUCCCCGGGCGGAGGAAGCGGCGGAGGACGUCAUCUCCAUGAAGGGCGUCCGCAUCUCCGGCCGCCCCCUCUACCUCGACAUGCAGGCCACCACCCCCGUCGAUCCCCGCGUCCUCGAUGCCAUGCUCCCCUUCUACCUCUCCCGCUUCGGCAACCCCCAUUCCCGCACCCACCUUUACGGCUGGGAGUCCGACGCCGCCGUCGAGGCCGCCCGCUCCCAGGUCGCUGCCCUCGUCGGCGCCAACCCCAAGGAGAUCUUCUUCACCUCCGGCGCCACGGAGUCCAACAACAUCUCUAUCAAGGGCGUCAUGCACUUCUAUCGCGACAAGAGGCGCCACGUUGUCACCACCCAGACCGAGCACAAGUGCGUCCUCGACUCCUGCCGCCACCUCCAGCAAGAGGGUUUCGAGGUCAGCUACCUCCCCGUCCGUCCCGACGGCCUCGUCGACCUCGACCGCCUCGCCGCUGCCAUCCGCCCCGACACCGGCCUUGUCUCCGUCAUGGCCAUCAACAACGAGAUCGGCGUCGUCCAGCCCCUCGAGGACAUCGGCCGCAUAUGUAAAGAAAAAGGCGUCCCCUUUCACACCGAUGCCGCCCAGGCGCUCGGCAAAAUUCCUAUUGAUGUCGAGAAGAUGGGGAUCGGGCUCAUGUCCCUCAGCGGGCACAAGAUCUACGGACCCAAGGGCGUCGGCGCCCUCUACCUCCGCCGCCGCCCCCGGAUCCGGGUCGAGCCCCAGAUGAGCGGCGGCGGCCAGGAGCGCGGCAUCCGGAGCGGCACCGUCCCUACGCCGCUUGUCGUCGGGAUGGGCGCCGCCUGCGAGAUCGCCAUGGAGGAAAUGGACUACGAUGGUCGCCGCAUCGCCGCCCUCCAGGAGCGGCUCCUUGACGGAAUCCGGUCGCGGCUCGAUGGCGUGGUGAUCAACGGGAGCGUCGAGCAUCGGUAUCCGGGGAAUUUGAACAUCUCUUUCGCGUACGUGGAGGGGGAGAGCCUGCUGAUGGGACUGAAGGAGGUGGCGGUGUCGAGCGGGAGCGCGUGUACCAGCGCCAGCCUCGAGCCGUCCUACGUGCUAAGGGCGCUCGGGGUGGACGAGGACAUGGCUCACACCUCGAUCCGGUUCGGUAUUGGGAGGUUCACCACCAAGGCCGAGAUCGACCGGGCGAUAGAGCUCACUGUGAAGCAAGUAGAGAAGCUGAGGGAGAUGAGCCCGCUAUAUGAGAUGGUAAAGGAAGGGAUUGAUCUCAAGAGCAUCCAGUGGGCACAACAUUGAGAACAGGGGAUUGGAUUAGCCGUAGCAUAGAUAUGAUUGGAGACAGAAGAUGGAAGGAGAAGAAGAAAGAAGAGUCUGGGGUUUUAGAGCUCUGGAACUAAUUGAAUGUGACUGCUUUCUCCUUGUCCAUCCAGGCUACAGCUUCUUAUAAUGCUUCCCCAUUAAUGUCUUUACCUACCACUUGACUCUCAGCGGCGGCAACUAAAUUAUGUUCAAGAAGAAUUGUGUCGAAGUAACUGCUUCAUAUGUAGCGGUUCAAAUCCUCUUACUUGCGGUUCUUCUGAAUGCAGAAUUUAUCGAAUUCAGGUUGGAGUCAUAAUCUGAAUUUUCUUUUUUGUAUCUGUUUCUUGGAGAAUGCAGUUAUUCAUGUCUUGUCGUAAUUUGAUAUUUGACAAAUAAAGCAGGAAAAAAAUGGGAUUUGGUGAAAAAAGAAAAACUACUAAACUUUGUGGGUGUAACUAGGACGUUCCUUGAAUUUAAUCAGAAAAGUCUGACUUGAUGAUACUGGUUAAGUGGAACUUCAAUUUA